GUGUGUGUGUAAUCCUCGAUUGUCAAAACUGCAGUGUAGCAGAGAGUGAAAAAAUAGCUUAAAGUUUUCUGUAACACGAAAAUUUCUCGAAACAACAAUACCUACAGUUUGCACUUCUUCACAUCCCCGUAUAAAGGACCCUUAACACUAAAAUGUACAAUCGAGAUCGUAACGGCGGUGGUGAUGGUGGUAUGUAUCGCAAUAAUCGUGGAAGCAGUAAUAGAGGUUCGAUGUCUCGUAAUGGUGACAGAGGUGGUGGAAGCUUCCGAGGCAAUGAUCGACGCGGUGGUCCAGGCGGCGACCGAAACAUGGGAGCUGGAAUGGGAAAUAAUAAACAGCAACCGGGCGAUCGCUUGCGGCGAGUUCGUUGGGACAACGAGUUGUUAACACCGUUUCGGAAAAAUUUCUACGAACCGUGUGCCUCAGUUCUGAAUCGUCCACAAUCGGAGGUUGAAAAAUAUUUGAACAAAAACGAGAUUACUGUACGGGGCAAGGAUGUACCACCGCCUAUGCUGAAUUUCAUUGAAGGCGGCUUUCCGGACUAUGCAAUGAAGGAAAUCGCUAAACAAGGUUUUGAAAGACCAACAUCAAUUCAAGCGCAAGGAUGGCCGAUAGCAUUGAGCGGACGAAACAUGGUAGGAAUUGCGCAGACUGGCAGUGGAAAGACGUUGGCCUACAUUAUGCCAGCUGUGUUGCACAUAAAUCAUCAACCGAGAUUACAACGCGGAGAUGGACCGAUUGUGUUAAUUUUGGCUCCGACGCGUGAAUUGGCACAGCAAAUUCAACAAGUCGCAACUGAUUUCGGCUCAUGUACAAGUGUUAGUAAUACUUGCAUAUUUGGAGGGGCUCCGAAGAGUCCACAAGCCAGAGACUUGGAACGAGGAGUCGAAAUAGUCAUUGCCACCCCUGGUCGCCUGUUGGAUUUUCUUGAACGAGGCACUACCAAUUUGAAGCGUUGUACCUACCUUGUUUUGGACGAAGCAGAUCGUAUGCUUGACAUGGGAUUCGAGCCGCAGAUCCGAAAAAUCAUCGAACAAAUUCGACCCGACAGGCAAGUUCUUAUGUGGUCGGCAACCUGGCCGAAAGAAGUGAAAGCAUUAGCCGAAGAGUUCCUGGAGGACUACAUUCAGAUCAACAUUGGCUCGUUGAACUUGUCCGCCAAUCACAAUAUUUUGCAAAUUGUGGAUGUGUGCGAGGAGUACGAGAAGGAGACAAAACUCAUGAAACUGUUAACCGAGAUCUCAUCGGAAAACGAGACGAAAACCAUCAUUUUUGUGGAAACGAAGCGACGUGUCGACGAUAUAACGCGUGCGGUUUGUCGCAACGGUUGGAAGGCGUGCGCCAUUCAUGGCGAUAAAACUCAACAGGAACGUGACUACGUAUUGAAUUCAUUCCGGAACGGUCGACAAGCCAUUCUCGUUGCCACCGACGUUGCAGCCCGUGGACUCGAUGUCGAGGAUGUUAAGUUCGUGAUAAAUUAUGAUUAUCCCAACAAUUCGGAGGACUAUGUGCAUCGCAUCGGACGUACAGGAAGAUCAAAUAAUACAGGAACUGCCUACACAUUGUUCACCGCUCAAAAUGCUGCUAAGGCUAAUGAUCUCAUCAAUGUGUUGAAGGAAGCUAAUCAGGUCAUUAACCCUAGACUGUUUGAUAUGGCAAAAUCGGGAGGUUUCGGCCGUUCACGAUUCAAUCGCGAUCGAUUCAAUCGAGGUGGCGGUGGCGGUGACAACCGACGAGACUUCGGUGGACGUGGAGGAGGUGGUAAUCGUGGAGGAAACAAUAACGGCGGAAGUCGGGACAAUUUCAAUAACAAAGGUAAUUACGGUCGGCCGAACGCGUAUGAUUCAACGAAGGAUGGUCCAAUGAAAGACAAUUACGGCAACAAGGGAAACGACUACAAUAACCGGGAUAAUUUCGGUCGGGAUCGCGAGCGUUCUGAUAUACAUUCUAGUGGCCGGUCUCGAUUUUCCGAUAUACCCAAAACCGAUAAUCCAGCGUCUCGGUUCUCAAAUCAUAAUGACAGUAAUUCCGUAACGGGUGGCCCACGGUCGGCUGGAUCUCGUUUUCAGAGUGGAGGCGGUUCACGAUUCUCAAAUAAUGACAGUCGACCACCGCCAAUGUCUGCGGACUCGUAUUCGAAUCGUAACAAAGACGAUCAUUCAAACAGUUUCUAUGACAACUCGUCGGCCAAAUACAAUCGACCGCCUCCAGCUAUUAGCUCUGCGAUAACACAGUCCAAUUCAGGAUAUCAAAAUCAAUCCAAUCAGUAUAAUUACAACCAUCAAGGUGACACAUCCCGUCCACCUCCACCAUCAUCUUCAUCAAACGGUGGAAAUUAUCAGUACGGUGGUGCACCGUUGCCAUCCAUGUAUGCAUUUCCACCACCUCCACUACCGACAAAGUAAUUUCUAUUCUCGUAUUCCUCAUCACCUGGCUAUUCUGUGACUGUGUCAUGUUAACACACUUUAAAAUCACGUAUAGCAUUUACCAAUUAGACGUUUUUUUCAUUCAAAUGUUCUUUCCAUAUCUUUGAAGUAAUGUUUGCAUUAAGUUUUGCACGUCUCGCUCACUGAAUUAGCUUUGCUUUUUUUCUGUAGAAUAGUGACCCAUGACUUAGUUAAAGAGUUUUCGGUGUUCUUGGAAUUGUCCUAAACAACACAAUCGCUCGAAUUUUGUCUACAAUCAUUCUUUUAUCAUAAUCGAUGGAAAAAUUUAGUUUAAAAAUUAGUGAAUAAUUGACUAUAACGGCUACAGUGGCUACUUCAUUUAA